GGGCCCGCCGCGUGGGAGAGGGCGCCGGCACGGACGGAGCAGGGGCUGCUCCAGCAACGGUGACCCUGCGCCGGACGAAGAUGGCACCGCCGGCGCGGUCGGCGGCGCAGGCGGGGGAUGAAAAGGGAGGUCAGGACUCGGCCCAGACGUUGCGCCAGGAGACGGAACAGGCGCACAAGCUGCUGAGGGAUGCCAAGACGCUGCGACGAGCCUCUCUCAUCUCCAUCGACUCAGAGAACGAGCACAAGCUGGUCGAGGUCCGCACGGGUUGCUGCGGUAUGGACCCGACCACCGGCCGAGGAAAGCAGCUUCACCUGAUCCAGAUGCUGCUGUUGCCCUUCAUCCCCAUCAUGGCACUCAUCACCCAGAACGUGGUCAACAUGCUGACGGUGCUCGAGCACCAGUACGACAUGCAGGAGAGCAUUGACCAGGUGCAAAUCAGUACCGAUCUGGGAAACGUCACCGAAGCUCUGCAGUCGGAGCGAGCCGAGAUCGCCUUCUUCCUCUUCACCAACGGCUCUGUGAUCCGGAGGAACCUCUCCGAGCACUUUCAGUAUACCAACCUGCUGAUCGACGACCUCCAGUGGCCCGACUUUCGGAUCGACGAUGAGCUCUUCCAGAAUAAAAUCCUGUUCAGAAUCCGUCUGGAUGACUUCAGGAACAAAAUUGCAAAGUUUGAUUUCGAUGAGAAGUAUUCCAUUGAAUCGGGCAUCGAGUUUUAUAAUAAAGCAAAUUAUAUCUUCUUAGAUCAGUUGACUCGCGAGAUAAAGGAGAAGGAUGCCAGUGGAGUGUGGCGGCUACUGCUGGCCUACAAGAACAUGAUUCGAGCCAUCGAGCACCUCGGCAUUAGCAUGGUGUUCGGUGAGCAGUAUUACGGGCGCGGCGAGCUCGACCAGAGCAGCUACAUCGAGUUCGUCACCAACGACGCCCUCGGCCAGGACUUUCUCAACCAGUCGCAGAACUUCGCCUACUGGAUCAAAGACAGGUAUGUUUCAGUUCAAGAUACUUAUCCGUGGUAUUCUAACAUUACUCGGCGUCGUUUGGAAAUUCUGAUGAGGAAGAAAAUAGAACCGGAUUUCGACAAGGCUACGGAGUACUUCUAUGCAAUGCUGGGAUAUUUGGAUGCUCUGAAAAACAUCCAGUACGAACUAAGGGACCGCGUGGAAAAGCUGAUAAUGAACGAGAUGCGCGACUCCAACAGUCAGGUGUUUCUGGGUAUCGCUGUGCUCUGCACCGUGCUGCUCAUCUCCCCCAUCAUCAUCCUGCUGGUGCGCAUGGUCACCAGGACGCUGCAGGCAUUCUCAGAGACUUUGUUGCACAAAACACACGAGCUGAAGUUCGAGAAGAAGCGGACAGAUAAGCUGCUGUACCAGAUGCUGCCACCCACGGUGGCCCAGCAGCUAAAACAAGGAAAGCAGGUGUCGGCAGAGACGUACGAAUCGGUCACCAUCUACUUCUCCGACAUCGUCGGCUUCACCGAUCUGGCUUCAGAGAGCACCCCGAUGCAGGUGAUCUCUCUCCUGAACGCGCUGUACCGCAUGUUUGACUCGCGGAUCGACAUGUACGACGUAUACAAGAUGGAGACUAUCGGCGAGGUCUACAUGGUGGCCUCGGGUGUGCCGCAGCGCACGGGCAAAGACCACGCCUCCGAGAUCGCCUCCAUGGCUCUCAGCCUGCUGCACGGCGCAGAGAACUUCGUCAUCUCACACAUGCCCGGAGAGCGGCUUCAGAUCAGGAUCGGAAUCCACACAGGUGCAGUGGUGGCCGGCGUGGUAGGCACCAAAGUGCCGCGCUACUGUCUGUUUGGAGACUCGGUCAACACUGCCAGCAGAAUGGAAAGCACCGGACUGCCGUUCAAGAUACACAUAUCAGCGGACACCAAGCAAGCCCUGGAUAAGUAUGGCGGCUUCAUCACCAAACUACGCGGCGAAAUCGAAAUCAAGGGCAAGGGCAUGAUGCAGACAUUCUGGCUGAUCGGCAAGCACGGCUCGCUGGACCCGCACCCUGAGGAGCCUCCGACACAGGUCGACGACGGUAUGGACGUCACGGCCGAGAACCCGCACACCAUCAAGCAGCGGCGCAGGGAGGCCCGCAGCCGCGCCCACUCCAGCGAGGACGUCUCCUUCAAGGCCACCAUGUCGCGCCUCCUGUGCAUGAACAAGUAGCCGGCGCGGAGGUCACCGAGGCGACAGGAGAGGGUCCGGCGCGACCACUUGGUUUUCCCGGGGACAGCGUUGAUGGUGUGCCGCUCGUGGACAGGGGUGUUCGUAUCUGUCGGGAGGGUGGGACCGAGGCCGGGGUCGGUGCUGACUGCAGGGCACACUGCACAGCGUCUAUCGUGAGUGUGAAGGAUUAUUGGUAUACCAAACAUCCCUAUAGGGACGUGUGGAUCGCUGAUGCUGUUUUAUGCGGUCAAAGUUCGUGAGGAUCCCUCUUUUCUCUUCGAAUACACGUACCCUGGGUGAUUUAAAACGGAUUUUCUUCGAGGCACGUUUGAAACAGGUCGUAAGAGAUCACAAAAUGCGCGAUUUUUUUCCAAUCGUAAUACAAUAAAACUUUUAUGUUCUGCUAGCAGUUAGCACCUU